ACACACAGUAUCAUCCCGAGUCGACACUGGUGUCAGCAUAGUGUCUGCCACACACAGUAUCAUCCCGAGUCGACACUGAUGUCAGCAUAGUGUCUGCCACACACCGCAAGUCUUCAACAUCCCAAGUCUUCUUCAUUCCAAAGCUGCCGCCUUGAAAGGACAUGGCGGCCCAGUGUGUGAGCAAGGUGGAGCUGACAGUGUCCUGUGAUCAUCUCCUGGACAAGGACUUUGGAUCCAAGUCAGAUCCUCUGUGCGUGUUGUCCAUGAACACCUCAGAUUCCCGCUGGUUUGAGGUAGAACGCACAGAAAAGGUCCAAAAUUGCCUCUGCCCGAAGUUUGCCAAAAAGUUUGUUAUUGACUACUAUUUUGAGAUGGUGCAGAAAUUGAAAUUUGGAAUUUAUGACAUUGAUAAUAAGACCAUUGAUCUCAGCGAUGACGACUUUUUAGGAGAGCUGGAGUGCACCUUGGGCCAGGUGGUGUCUAGCAGACAACUGACUCGCCCGCUGCUCCUGAAGAACAAGUCCCCUGCAGGAAAAGGGACCAUAACAGUCACUGCUGAAGAGAUCAAAGACAACAGGGUGGCCAACUUUGAGGUGGAGGCCAGGAAACUGGAUAACAAGGAUUUCUUCGGGAAGUCCGACCCAUAUCUGGAGUUCUACAAGCAGACCCAGACUGGAUGGCAGCUGGCUCACAGGACCGAGGUGGUCAAGAACAACUUGAACCCCACAUGGAGACCCUUCAGAAUCCCCCUGCAGUCUCUCUGCGCAGGAGACAUGGACAAACCAAUAAAGGUGGACUGUUUGGACUAUGAUGACGAUGGCUCUCAUGACCUCAUUGGCAGCUUUCAGACCACCUUGACACACCUUCAGGAAGCAUCACGCACCUCUCCGGCAGAGUUUGAAUGUAUCAACAGUAGAAAGAAACAGAAGAAGAAAAGCUACAAGAACUCAGGUGUUGUGAGCGUGAAACAAUGUCAGGUGGUCAAGGAGUACACAUUCCUGGAUUACAUUAUGGGCGGCUGUCAACUCAACUUCACUGUUGCAGUUGACUUCACCGGCUCCAAUGGUGACCCAAGGUCGCCUCAGUCUCUGCAUUACAUCAGUCCACAGGGGGUCAACGAGUACCUCUCUGCCAUCUGGUCAGUCGGCAACGUCAUCCAGGACUAUGACAGUGACAAGAUGUUUCCUGCCUUUGGCUUCGGUGCACAGAUCCCCCCGACAUGGCAGGUCUCCCAUGAAUUUCCACUCAAUUUCAACCCCUCCAAUCCAUUCUGUGCAGGUGUGGAAGGCAUCGUGGAGGCCUACAGGGUUUGUCUGCCCCAGGUCAAACUUUACGGCCCCACCAACUUCUCCCCAAUCAUCAACCAUGCUGCGUGCUUUGCAAAGCAGGCCUUGCAGCAGAACACUGCAUCACAAUACUUUGUGCUGCUCAUCAUCACUGACGGAGUCAUCACAGACAUGGACGACACUCGCAACGCCAUCGUCAACGCCUCACGUCUGCCCAUGUCCAUCAUCAUCGUGGGAGUGGGCGGAGCCGACUUCAGCGCAAUGGAGUUCCUGGAUGGUGACGACGGGCGUCUUCGCUCCAUGACAGGCGAGGCGGCCAUGCGGGACAUCGUCCAGUUUGUACCAUUCCGGAACUUUCAGAACGCCCCCAGCCAGGCUCUUUCACAAAGUGUAUUGGCAGAGUUACCUCAACAAGUGGCGUCCUUCUUUGGACUGUUCAAACUCAAGCCCCCCCACCAGCCAUAGGGGCACCAAAGGAGGCGCUGGCCAAGAGUGUGUUGGCUGAAGUCCCAGGUCAGCUGGUGGAGUUCUGCACCACCAUGAAGCUGACUCCACCCAUCACCAAACCUGCAGGUACCGACUGAUGCAACAACUAACCUGCCAGGGUUCUCCUCUCCUUAAACCCACUUCAUCUCAAUCCACCAAUCUACUGCUGCCGCGCUUUAUUGACAAGAUAUUUUAGCUUAAUGCAUUGUACAACCUCCAAUAUUUACCACGCUGCUCUCUUUUAAUUCUAACUUUUUCAUUACAUUUAUGUUUGUCUUUUUUAGACAAGUUUUAUGUACACACACAAAGGUGUGUGAUACGACAUCCACAAUGCUGUUUUUAUCAAACAGGUGAAACUCCAAAAACGUGAAUAUUGUGUAAAAGUUCAUUUAUUUCAGCAAUUUGACUUCAAAUGUGAAGUUAAUGUGACAUAUUGUCUUAUUGCAUACAAAGUGAAAUAUGUCAAACUUUUUAAUUAUGAUGAUUUAAGUUUUUUUGAAAUAUUAUAUCAAGAGAAGUCAUGUAAUAUCUUGAGUUUCACCUUGUAAAUCUAAACAAACCUUUGCAUAAUAUUCUCUGUUUUUAGGCUCACUGUAUCGUUGCACCAAUGUAAGCCAUCGCCACGCUCAUGUCAAGUCAGUUUACUCAGCAAAAUGCCACAAAAAAGAGUGUUUAUUACUCAUAUUAUUUAGUGUUGUGCAUGUUUAACCACCUUAUUAGUUUACCACACACAUGUAUGGAGUUUGACUUCUUACAAGUACUUCUCCUGAGACCCAGAAACAAUAAUAUGCCUUACAAAUAACAACAAUGUAUAGCUGAGUCUCAGAAGGUUACUAAUGGCUAAGAUACAGCUUUACUACAUAACACGUCAGUAUUAAUAUGCAGAUCUUAAAUGACAUUCUACUUUUUUAUGCUUGAUGGCCCUAUGAUAAUUGUGUAUGCUGGUGCAAAAUGUUUUAUCACAGAAAAAAAUACACUUGGACAUUUUAUUUGCAAAUAAAUGACAGAAGUGUAAGUGUU